GACUGCACCCUCCUUGCCAGCUCAUCAUUCGACGACACCAUCAAACUCUGGGCCUUCGAGUCCCGCCAACUCCUCGCUUCCUUCAACGUCCAUGAUUCCCUUACCAUUGUCCUCUCACCCGACUCGUGCCAGUUUGCUUACACAACAUCCACCUAUGAUGAUAACAAUAUCUACAUUUGCAACACUCCACCCGAAGUCCUUGCUCAGGCCAUGAUCUGCGAAAUACUACCGACACCUGACACACUUGUGGUCCAGAGUUCUCCGCCUACAAUUGAGCCGCGGAAACCCAUUUUCCAUCACCUCCGCAAACUUCUUCCCUUUUCUUCUCGCACGAAUGCAGUGCGCCCUGUUCAACCUCAUAAUCCCCUAGAUACUGCAACUCGGUUUGAUCGUUUCGAAAUAGAUUCUCCGCCUCCCCCCUCGAACGCUCCAGUCUCGCAUUUCCUACUACAGCACCUUGCCUUCCUCACGCCAAGACACAGCCAUGGGCCAUCAGUCGUUGAAGUCGCACCAGGGCGGAAGGUCACUCGACUGCUUGCUGCCAAACUACCAGAAUACAGGAAAGUAAACGACACCCGACAUCCGCCUGGACAGCAGGCUGGGGCGCCGCAGGAUAUCGACUCAUCUGACGUUGAUUCGCUCCCAGACGUGCAUUGGUGCAAGGCGUUCCUGUGCUACUGCUCGUGCUGGUCGCACGGCAGACCGAGGAUGCCUCCUCGAUGGCACUUGCAGC